UUUGAAAUGAAGUCAGAAAAAAAUGAUUUGUUGUUAAACAAUCAUGAAUGAAACUGGGCCACCUUUACCUGUUGACGCGCAGCUUAUCCGCAGUUGUAUAAUUAUUGAAGAUGAAAAUGCGGCCCCUCAAAUCGAAACAAGUUCGCCAAAUAAAAUUUCGAAGAAAAAUAAAACCGCUCUAAAAAAUAAAUUACAAAAAAUCCUUUCUUGUGCUGUUUGCUUAGAACUGCGAAGAUCAGCUAUUUAUCAAUGUAAGUAUGGUCAUCUCAUUUGUGCUGGUUGUUUUGGUGAUAUCCUUACUGAAAGCAAACUGCAAAAUGAAAUUGCUUCCUGUCCUGUUUGUCGAUCGACAAUCGGUAAAGAGCUGUGCACUCGGAAUAUUGCCGUAGAACAAACAAUAUCUGCAUUACCUGUGACUUGUCCAUAUUGUUUGCUGCAGAUUAAUCCAGAAAACUACAAAUCUCAUAAAAAAUGCUUAUGUGAAAAAAGACCAGCUAUUUGUUGCAACAACUUAAUUGGAUGUCCGUGGGAAGGGCCCUACCAAGAAAAGCAUAAACACCAAGAACAAUGCAAACAACUUUCUGCUAAUGGUUAUGAUAUAUUGAAGUCCUUAAAUGCUAUGGAUGAAGAGUCUAAAGAUGAAGUAAAUCUUUAUGAAAGAAUAUUUGAGUUACUCUCUGUAGACAAGUUUUCUUACCAUGAUUUGCAAUUUAGGCACUGUUCAUAUGACGACAAAAAUGAAUCAUAUGAAACAUCCAAAUUUUCUGCAUUUGAUAAAUUGUGGACUAUUCAUGGACAUUUCAAAGAUAAGCCAUCAGAGUUUUAUUAUAAGCUCAGCUUAAAAGGAACACUGGACAAGCCAUUCUCCUUGCAUUAUCUCUUAGUUAAAGGACCUUACAGUGAAAUGGAGAUCAAGCCAAAGCUUUGCCAAUUUACAUUUGAAGAAAAUUCUUUAGAUGGCCCUUUUGAAUCUUUAAGUUUAUGGUAUCACUCUGAUUCUUUAAAAGGUUUCUUCCAAUCAAAGCGUGUUAAUUUUAGAAUUUUCUUUUUUGAAAGUAAAUAACAAAUUCCACAACUUUAUUUCAAUCAAGGAACAUGUAAAUAGCUCAUCAUUUCUCUUUGUUUUUUCUUAUUAUGAAAAACAAUUAUCCUUUAAUAGUAAAGAAAUACCAUAGUACAAACAACCACCGAAACCGUUUCCUUAUUUAUAAGUCUUUUAUUAUUUUAUUAUUUUUAACCAUGUUAAAAAUGUGUGGAACAAUUUUUUGGGAAACUUAUUAAUGAAUGUCUUGUUUAGCUAUUGCAUUCAAACUUUUUUCCUAAAUUUUUCAGAUGAUGUUGCCUUUCUCUAUUUUGUAUUUUUAAUUUCUGUUAGCAACUUAUAUGAGAAGGAUUAUGGAUAAUAAAGACUAGCAUUUUUCCAUCUGGUAAAUUUCUAAUUUAUAGUUAUUUUUGUCAUCAUGUUUAAUUUUUAACCUUUUCAAUUUAAGAUUCACUAAAGUGCUUCAAUUCCAUAAUUUCCUUUUCACAAAUCCAAAAUAUUUCAUAAAAUGUUCUUCCUUCAUGAUUGCAGUGAAAUAAUGGUCUUUGUUUAUGAUUGCUGAAGAUUGUUUCUAUUUUCAUGUUUCCUGAUUGCAUUUAACUAUAAAACUUAAGAAUCUGAAUUUGUGGGUGGAUGGAUUGAAAAGUGUAUUAUUGUGAAUGUGUCACGGUGGAUGGUUUUUUGCAUUUUCUUAAUGCCAAAUUGAUGUAUGAUAUAAUAACACUUUGUUAUUUAUAGAUAAAGUGUUUAUUAUAAGUGGCUAUAUGCAUAAGAUAAAGGUAUUUGGUGAAUGUUACUUUUUUAUUGAAAGAAUUGGAAUUGUAGAAUUACUAUUUUGAAAGUUUUAUUUUAAAAUAAAAAGAGAAUUUUAAUAUUUGACUUAGUUGCAUUACUGAUGUAAUCAAUUAUAUUUUCUCUUACAUUCUUUUGAAAUAUUUCUACUUAAAAGAAAUUAUUUAGUCUAUCAAAUGUAUUCUGUUAGAAAGUUUGGAAUUGAUAAGCCUUCUUUUCCCAUUAUUUUUCUGAAUUGCUAGUCUGAUUUUAAAAAUUUCUUGUACUUGAAAUUUUUAGUAAUAUUCUGUUGUUUAUCUUAUUCAAUUAAAUUCUUGGUGAUUUUAAAAUAUUUGUGUAAGUUUUUAUAGCCAUAUAAGUACAAUAUACAAAAAACAUUCUAAUUGAUGUGUAAUGUGAUCAAACAGUGUGGUGAUAUUCAUUCCUGUAUAUAUUUAUUAAGAAAAUAUUUUCAUAUCAUCCUGGUGAUUUCUUUUUCGAUGAAACCUUUACAUUUCCCUGCAUUUAUUUAUUUAUUUUGGUUGUUGACAUUUGAUUUUAGAAUUGAUUUGUCAUGUUGUUUGUAGGAAGAAUAACUGUUUUAAUAAUUUCGGAAACAUAUGAUACACGUCAGUAUAAAUUAUUUGUAGCUUAGAUUCUGACGACUGUUUCCAUUAUGAUUAUUUAAUUAUAUAAAUGGAAAUUUUCCCAUAGAUUAAAUAUAAUCUUAAUAGUUAAGUAAUAUUUUCAUGAAAUUUUUUUAAAACUUUGUAUAAUUUAUUUUAAAUAUACAAUUGUCAGUUGUUUUAUUUAAGUAUCUGACAAAUAAUUGUGAAUUUUAUUAUAUUAAAAAGUAUUCUGGAAACAUAUGUAUAACUGGAUGUUGUAACAUUUCAAUUUGA